GUUUGUUUGGAUGUUUCUCUUUGUUGUUGGAAUGAAAAAUAAUGUUUAGGUGGUUCGGUGAAGAGCGCUCUGCGACCAUGCAGAACCAGGUGACUUCACUGCUGGUGGUGUUGCUGCACCUCCUGUGCUGCUGCACCCCAAACCAAGGGCUGAAUACAACGUCUGUUCCACACUUUACCCAUCCUAUGUACAAUGCCACCAUUUUCGAAAACUCUGCUGCUAAAACCUACCUAGAGGCGCCCGCCAAAAUGGGCGUCUACAACACAGACCCGUCCUGGGAAAUACGGUACAAAAUUGUGUCGGGCGACAACGAGAACCUUUUUAAAGCCGAGGAGUAUCAGCUGGGAGACUUUACCUUUUUGCGGAUAAGGACCAAAGGAGGGAGCAGUGCCAUUCUUAAUCGGGAGGUCCGUGACCAUUAUAUGCUUUCGGUAAAAGCUGUGGAGAAGAACUCUAACGCUGAGGCUCGAGCUCGAGUCAGGGUUCAGGUACUGGAUACCAAUGAUCUUCGGCCGCUCUUCUCUCCGACCUCAUACAGCGUGGCCCUGCCGGAGAACACGGCGAUCCGCACCAGCAUUGCAAAAGUCACAGCGACGGAUGCUGACAUCGGUACGAACGGAGAGUACUAUUAUAGCUUUAGAGAGUGGACCGAUAUGUUUGCGGUCCAUCCAACAAGUGGGGUAGUAACACUAACUGGAAGGCUGGACUACUCCGAAACCAAGCAGUACGACCUGGAGAUACUUGCCGUAGAUCGUGGGAUGAAGCUGUACGGUAGCAGCGGGUUUAGCAGCAUGGCUAAGCUCACGGUACGAAUAGAGCAAGCCAACGAGCACGCACCAGUCAUCACCGCUGUUACCCUAUCUCCUUCGGAUACGGACAAGGACCCGACUUAUGCUGUAGUGACCGUCGAGGAUGAAGACCAAGGAGCCAAUGGUGAGAUUGCAUCCCUGAGCAUUGUUGCUGGAGAUCCUCUACAGCAGUUUAAAACAACGAGGACCAGUCCAGGCAGUAAGGAAUACAAAAUUAAAGCAGUGAAGGAGGUCGACUGGGACAGUCAGCCGUACGGAUACAACCUCACCUUGCAAGCUAAGGACAAAGGAAGUCCAUCGCUGUUUUCUUCAACUAAAGUCAUCCAUGUCACGUCCUCACAGUUUAAAGUAGGGCCGCCUAAAUUCGAACACUCUGUUUACAGGGCUAAUAUAAGUGAAUUUGCACCACUAAACACACCAGUUAUUAUGGUAACAGCCGUGCCAAAAUAUCCCCAGCUGAAGUAUGCUUUUAGGCAAAAAUUGGACAAAAUUCCCUUCGCAAUCCAUCCAGACACUGGCUUAAUUACAACAGCUGGCCCCAUCCGUGCAGAACGCUCGCCUCAAUAUGAGUUAGAGGUCAUCAUUCACGACAAGAAGGCAGCAACUAAAGUUAUAAUAGACGUGAUCGAUGUAAACAACAAUGCCCCAGAGUUUCAGCAGUCAUCCUACAAGGCCAGUGUUGAUGAAAACAUGCCCAUAGGCACCAGUGUACUAACGGUGAAAGCCUCAGAUUUAGACAGCGGUGAGAAUGGCUAUGUCACGUACAGUAUUGCUAACAUUAAUCCUGUACCUUUUAGUAUUGACUACUUCUCCGGGGUCAUCAGCACCUCAGAGCAACUCGAUUAUGAAUUGAUGCCAAGGAUUUACAAUUUGCGGGUACGCGUGUCAGACUGGGGCGAACCCUUCCGCCGGGAGGUAGAGACGCUGGUCACGAUCACACUGAGCAACCUGAACGACAACAAGCCAUCGUUUGAAAACGUGGACUGCCAGGUCACCAUGCCCAGAGACCACGGCACCGGAGAACAGAUCACAACCGUAUCUGCCAUCGAUGCGGAUGAGCUUCAGCUGGUUAGGUACACGAUAAAAGCUGGUAAUGAACUGGACCUUUUCGAGUUGAACCCCAACUCGGGUAUGCUGUCUCUGAAGCGAUCCCUGGGCGAGGGCAAGGCGGCAAAUUUGGCUUCGCACGACUUGCAGAUUGUAGCCAGCGAUGGAGACCACGAGACUCCUGCGAUGCUCUUGAACAUAACCGUCGUUACUGCGCAUAGCCCGGUUCAGGUCAAAUGUGUCGACACGGGCGUGGCCAUUAUGCUGGCAGAAAAGCUCCUGCAAAGUAGUAAAAUCCACAGUGAACCGGAACCUGACGAUGACCUCUUAGACAUUCAUUCCGUCAACCGGUUCACACCCCUGUUUGCGGAGUCAUUUCCAAGUGUGGUUGAAGUCAAAGAGGACCUUCCGGUUGGAGCUCGGAUUGUCCAUUUGAGUGCCUCAGACCUGGACAGCGGUUUCAAUGGAAAACUCGUCUACGUCAUAUCCGGAGGUGACACAGAAAGCCGGUUUGUUGUAGACAUGAAUGAUGGUUGGCUUAAGGUGUACUCACCGCUCGAUAGAGAAACCACCGAUCAUUACACCCUCAACGUCACCGUGUACGACCUUGGAAUACCUCAGAAGUCAUCAUCACGCCUGCUGGACAUCAAAGUUACAGAUGCGAAUGAUAACAGCCCGCAGUUUCUGCAGGACUCAUAUUUCGUGGAAAUAAGUGAGAACGCAGCCGUGGGUUCCGAAAUCAUCCAAGUGGAGGCUAAAGACAAAGAUCUGGAAGAGAACGGUGUUGUCAGGUAUUCAAUACUGGCAGACACUGAUCAGUUUUCUAUCGAUGAGGAGACUGGUGUGGUUAGGGUCAAAAAGCCUUUAGAUCGCGAAGUUCAGUCUGAAUUUUCUCUCAGGAUAGCCGCUCGGGACCAGGCCCCUACCGAACCUCAACUGGUAUCCACUGUGAUUCUUAAAAUCAUCCUGGAAGACGUCAACGACAACCCGCCGAAAUUUAUUCCUCCCAAUUACAGGGUAAAGGUACGUGAAGACCUACCGAUAGGUACCGUCAUCAUGUGGUUGGAAGCUCACGAUCCGGACGUGGGAGCUUCGAGCCAGGUACGAUACAGUCUCGCAGACAACGGCGAAGGGAAGUUCGAAGUGGACAAACUCAGCGGCGCGGUUCGAAUAGUACAGAAUCUGGAUUAUGAGAAAAAGCAGGUUUACAACCUUGUGGCGAGGGCCAAGGACAAGGGCAAACCCAUUUCUUUGUCUUCGACCUGUCACAUUGAGGUGGAGGUGGUGGAUGUGAACGAGAACAUGCAUCGACCGUGGUUUCCAUCAUUCAUGGAUAAGGGAUUUAUCAAAGAGGACGCACCGAUCGGAACGUCCGUGAUGAAAGUAACGGCUCAGGAUGAGGAUAAAGGCAGAGACGGGGAGAUCCGCUACUCGAUUCGGGAUGGAUCUGGCCUGGGGAUCUUCGCCAUCGAUGAAGAAACUGGUGUGAUCCGAACCCUGGAGCUGCUCGACCAUGAAACGGUGCCACACUACUGGCUAACGGUGUACGCCAGCGACGGCGGCGUGGUGCCGCUCUCCUCCUUCGUGGAGGUCUACAUCGAGGUGCAGGACGUCAACGACAACGCGCCGUACACCUCCGAACCCGUGUACUACCCCUCCGUCAUGGAGAAUUCGCCCAGAGACGUCUCGGUGAUCCAGAUCGACGCCUACGACCCGGACACCCGCUCCAGCAACAGGAUGAGCUACAAGAUCAGCAGCGGAAACCCGCAAGGAUUCUUUAAUAUUGAUGCCAAGACCGGUCUGGUCACCACCACAUCUCGUAAACUGGACCGAGAGCAGCAGGACGAGCACAUCCUCGAGAUUACAGUGACGGAUCAGGGUGUCCCGGCUCGCUCCACCACCGUGCGAGUGAUCGUGCAGGUUCUGGAUGAAAACGACAACCGUCCCGUCUUCAUGGAGAAGGUGUAUAAGAUCAAGCUUCCCGAGCGGGACAAGACGGAACGGGAGCGCUCCACGCGACGCGAGCCCGUGUACCGCGUCAUCGCCUCCGACCGCGACGAUGGCGCCAACGCUGAGAUCUCCUACAGCAUCGAGGACGGAGACGAACAGGGCAAAUUUUUCAUCGAGCCCAAGACGGGCCUCGUCUCAUCCAAGAAGUUUUCCACGGCUGGAGAAUACGACAUACUGACGAUUAAAGCCGUGGAUAACGGUAGACCUCAGAAAUCGUCCACUUGCCGGCUGCACAUCGAGUGGAUACCCAAACCGGAGCCUAGCGCCACCCAGCUGGCUUUCGACGAGGACGUCUUCUCCUUCAGCGUCAUGGAGAGCGACCCUGUGGCCCACAUGGUCGGGGUCAUCACCAUGGAGACGGUGAACACGCCCAUCUGGUUUGAUAUCACAGGCGGAAACUCGGACAGUCGUUUCGACGUGGGUAAAGCCAGCGGAACGCUGAUGGUGGCCCAACCGCUGAACGCCGAGCAGAAAUCCAGCUACAACCUGACGCUGGAGGCCACAGACGGCACAAACACCAUCAGCACACAGGUACUCAUCAGAGUGAUUGACACUAACAACCACCGGCCACAGUUCUCCGAGCCGCGCUACGAGGCGAGCGUGGCAGAGGAUGCUCCGCCCGACACGGAGGUCCUGCGUCUCCACGCCACCGAUCAGGAUGAGAAGAACAAGCUGACCUUCACCCUGCUGAGCAGCACUGACCCCUUCAGCCUGCGCAAGUUCCGCCUCGACCCGGGGACGGGGGCGCUGUACACCGCCGAAACGCUCGACCACGAGGCCAUGCGUCAACACACACUCACUGUCAUGGUCCGAGACCAGGACAUCCCAGUAAAGCGCAACCUGGUGCGAGUGAUUGUGAAUGUCGAGGACGCCAACGAUAACGCGCCGUGGUUUUUCGGAGCCCCGUACGUAGCACGUGUGUUUGAGUCGGCUGCCCUCGGCUCCUCUGUGCUGCAGGUCACUGCUCUGGACAAGGACAAGGGUCCGAAUGCAGAGAUCGUCUAUAGCAUUGAAUCAGGAAAUGUGGCCAAUUCAUUCGCCAUUGAUCCUGUCCUGGGGACCAUCAUUGUGGCAAAGGAGCUGGACCGAAGCAACAAUAAUCACUUUGAGCUAACAGUGAAAGCUACAGAUCAGGGGACUCCACCCCUGAGCGCUACAGUGACUGUUGAUAUUACGGUAACGCUUUCGGACAACGCUAAGCCGAAAUUCCAUGAAAAGGUCUUCUCUGCCGAGGUUAGUGAAUCUGCGCCUGCUGGGACAUUUGUGAGUCUGGUGGCAUCAACCAGUCAAUCAUCAGUCUUCUACCAGAUCAAAGAUGGAAAUGUAAAUGGAGUGUUUGACAUCAAUCCAAACUCUGGAGUGGUCGUGACUCAAAGAACUCUGGAUUAUGAGACUAUACCAUCGUACAAACUAACCAUUCAGGGGACCAACAUGGCAGGACUGGCUAGCAAUGCUACACUUCUCAUUCACCUUAAGGAUGAAAAUGACAACGCCCCAGUUUUCAUCCAAAAGGAAUUUACUGGGAUGGUGAGCGAGUCGUCCCCUGUAAAGAGCGUGGUCCUUACCAAAGACAGCACUCCGUUAGUAAUCCGUGCUCUAGACAUGGACCGUGAUGCCAAUGCAAGGCUUGUGUACCAAAUUGUAGAACCAUUUGCCCUCAAUUACUUUGCCAUUGAUUCCAGCACUGGAGCAAUCAGGACCACCACUGAGUUGGAUUAUGAGCAAAGAUCUGUUUUCUUCUUCACCGUUCAAGUCCAUGACAUGGGAAUCCCUAGACAUUUUGCAGAGACGGCUGCCAAUGUGACUAUUAAAGUCAUAGACGUAAACGAUUGUCCUCCACAGUUUAACCAAGACUUGUAUGAAGCUACAGUUCUUUUGCCAACUUACAAAGGAGUCACAGUAAUUGCAGUCAACGCUACUGAUGAAGACUCAGGACCGAAUGCUAGACUUAUGUACUCUAUUGCCGAGGGCAACAUCGGAGACAAGUUCAAAAUGGACCCACUCACUGGGGUUAUAACCAUUCAAAAUGUCACCCAGUUGCGAAGCAGGUAUGAGCUGAAAGCCAGAGUUUCUGAUGGCAGGUUCUCCAAAAUGGUAUCUGUUAAGAUAAACAUCAGAGAGAAUAAAGCAAGCAGCCUGAAGUUCACUCAGAGCUCCUACAAGGCUUUUGUGCAGGAGAACUCACUGGAAAAGAAGACUCUUGCCAUCAUUGCAGCUGUGGGCAGUCAAGUCAAUGAGCCUUUGUUUUACAGAAUUUUAAACCCUGACAGAAGGUUUGAGAUCAGCCGAACAUCUGGGGUGCUCUCGUUCACCGGCAUACCUUUUGACCGUGAGGAACAGGACACCUAUGACAUAGUAGUGGAAGUCACCAGAGAGGACAAGUCUUUUGAUGUGGCUCACGUUCUUGUAAGGGUAACUGUCGAGGAUGUCAAUGACAACCCACCCAUGUUCGUCAACUUGCCCUACCACGCUCUGGUACAGAAGGAUGCUGAAGUUGGUCAAGUGAUCAAACAAGUGACCGCCAUGGAUGCAGAUAUCGGAACCAACGCUGAGAUUAAGUACCACCUACAGGAGCUGAAUGAAUAUGUUCAGAUUAGAUCUGGGGGAGAACUCACUCUAAAAAAGCCAUUUGAAACAGACUCUGUUGAGUUUGUGGUCACAGUUGUGGCUUCGGAUGCAGGCGAGCCUCCAUUGUCUGCAACCGUUGAAGUGCCUAUAACUGUAGUGAAUAAAGCCGUGCCAGUGUUUGAAAAAACAUUCUACAGUCUAGAGAUCUCUGAGAAUAUACAGGUACACACACCUAUUGUCCAUGUACAGGCCAGUAACUCUGAAGGACCAAAGGUAGUCUACACCAUCUCAGAGGGGGAUCCAUACAAUCAGUUCUCAAUCAACUUCAACACUGGAGUUAUCAGUGUAGUACAACCUCUCGAUUUUGAGACACACCCUGCCUAUAAACUAAGCGUAAGAGCCACAGAUUCGCUAAAUGGUGCUAAAGCUGACGUUUUUGUUGACAUAAUCUUAGAAGAUGUGAACGACAACCCACCUGUGUUCCUUGCCAAGUCUUACAAUGCAAGCCUUUCUGAAGCCUCCGUCAUUGGAACCUCUGUAGUACAGGUCUCUGCUACCGAUGCAGACGCGGGUAACAACCAAGUGCUGUUCUACCAAAUAGUUAAAGAUGAAAAGAGCUCUGAAUACUUUACCAUUGACCGCGACACUGGUACUAUCUGGACAGCACGUAUGCUUGACCACGAGGAGCAAACUCAGCACAAACUAACUGUCAGAGCCAUAGAUGGCGGGGUCGCUGCACUUUCCAGUGAGGUCACCGUGACCAUAGACAUUAUGGAUCUAAAUGACAAUGCUCCUGUGUUCUCACAAAAGGUUUACGAAGCAUUCAUCAGUGAGCUGGCACCCCGUGGUCAUUUCGUUACACAGGUUCGAGCUUCAGAUGCAGACAGCAUUGAUAGUGCAAGCUUAGAGUUCUCAAUCACAUCAGGAAAUGAAGCACAAAACUUUGCCAUCGACAAAAACUCUGGAGCUGUCAUUAUAUCCAACCACAGGAAGCCACACAUGGAGCCUCAGUAUAACCUUAAUAUUUCUGUAUCUGAUGGUGUGUUCAGAAGCUCUGCUCUUUUAAAGAUUAAUGUUAACGGUGCUAACUUCCACAGUCCUACCUUCCCUCAGGGAGAAUAUAUAGUUGAACUUUUAGAAAAUUCCCCAGUUGGAACAUUAGUAGCAGAUGCACCAGCAUCAGAUGAAGAUUCAGGUAUAUUUGGACAAAUUUUAUACCACAUCGUCAAUGACUUUGCUAAAGAUAAGUUCUCCGUAAGUGAAGAGGGUAAAAUUUUCACCUUAGAAAGUCUUGACCGUGAAAAUGCUCUGGAGAAAGUCAUUUCAAUAUCUUUAAUUGUAAAAGAUGGUGGUGGCAAAGUGGGAUUCUGCACCAUUAACGUGAUCCUAACAGACGUUAACGAUAACUCUCCACAAUUUAAAGGUGCAGAAUAUAAAGUUAACAUAGCUUCAGAUGUUUCAAGAGGAACUACAGUGGUCAAAAUUGCAGCUUCAGACAUGGAUGAAGGCAGCAAUGCUGACAUCACCUACUCGAUUGAAGCCGACACUAAUAACAUAGAAGAGAAUUUUGAGAUAAACCCACUCACUGGGAUCAUUGUGACUAAAGAAAGUCUGAUUGGGCUAGAAAAUGAGCUUUAUGCCUUUCUUGUACGUGCAAAGGAUGGUGGAAACCCAUCAAGAUCCUCGGUUGUUCCAGUUUAUGUAAAGGUACUUGGCCCAGAGGUCAAAGUGCCAAAGUUUGUAGAACCUUAUUACAGAUUUACUAUUGACGAAGAUCAUCCUCUCGGCCAAGAGAUAGACAUUAUUCAAGCUGAAAGUGAACAGCCGGUGAUCUACAGCCUAGUCAAGGGUAACACUCUGGAAAGCAACAAAGAUGAAGUAUUUGAGGUUGACCGUGACACAGGAGCUCUAAAGCUAGUAAAGAAACUUGACCAUGAGACCACCAAGUGGUAUCAACUCACUUUCCAGGCACAAAGUGAUCACGAAGGGAAUGAUGUGAUCUCAACCGUGGGUAUAAGCAUUCAAGUCAAAGACGUAAACGAUAACCAUCCCUUCUUUGAGUCAGACCCUUAUGAGGCUGUUGUGCUGGAGAACCUUCCUGGAGGCACCUCAGUGAUACAGGUCAAAGCAGUGGACUUUGACUCGAGCUCAAAUGGACUGGUUAUCUACGGUCUGGAUCCCAUUCAGAACUCAGCAGACAUAGCAGAACUGUUUGCUGUGAACAGUGAGACAGGCUGGGUGACGACUUUGAAGGAGCUGGAUCGAGAGCAGAAGGAUAAGUACACUGUCACAAUUCUGGCCACUGACCGUGGAGAAAAGAUACAGCUUACAGCGAGCACCAAAGUGCAGGUCACAGUGGCAGACACAAACGAUAAUCCGCCUCGUUUUACGGCAGAGAUUUACAAAGGCACAGUCAGUGAAGAUGACCCUCCAGGUGGAGUGAUCGCCAUCCUCAGCACCACCGAUGCUGAUUCUGAGGACAUCAACAAGCAAGUCGAGUACUUUAUCACAGGUGGUGACCCGCUGGGCCAGUUCGGUGUGGAGCACACGCAAGGUGAGUGGAAGGUGUUCGUACGGAAGCCACUGGACAGGGAGGAGACAGACAAUUACCAGCUCAACAUCACCGCCACAGACGGUACCUUCACAGGCCGGGCACUCGUAGAGGUCAAGGUCCUGGACGCCAAUGACAACAGUCCAGUUUGUGAGAAGUCCCUGUACACCGUAAGUGUCCCAGAAGACGCCGUCGCUGGACGUUCCAUUCUCCAGGUCUCUGCCACAGACGCUGAUAUCCGGUCCAACGCUCACAUCACCUAUCAGCUUUUAGGACCCGGGUCCGAACAUUUCAGCAUCGUCCCUGACACAGGUGAGCUGAAAACCCUGGACGAUCUGGAUUAUGAAGAAGAAGCAGUACACAGGAUGAAGGUGCGGGCGGUGGACGGAGGAGGACGUUACUGUGAGGCCGAGGUUGAAGUCACGCUGGUGGACGUCAACGAUAACGCACCAAGGUUUUCCUCUGACCCUUAUACCAUCACCGUAUUCGAGAACACCGAGUUACACACUCCUGUCGCCCAACUGCAGGCCACGGACCUUGACACCGGUUCGAACAGCGAGCUCAUCUUCUCCCUGCUGGACUCGGCCGACGGCACCUUUUCCAUAGACGAGCACUCUGGCGUCCUGCACUUGGUCUCGGCCCUGGACCGAGAGCUCCGCCCCUCGUACACCCUCCGCGCUCGUGCUGUGGACCGGGGCCGGCCCCGCCCGCUCUCCGCCGUGUGCACGGUGACCGUGUCUGUGCUCGACCUCAACGAUGAUCCGCCCAUCUUCCAGCAUCGCGACUACUCCGUCGAGAUCGCAGAGGACGUUCAGACGGGGACGCAGGUGCUCCGAGUGCACGCGGCCAGCCGCGAUGCUGAGGCGCAGAUUUCUUACGCCAUCGUCGAGGGCAACGAUAGGGGCGCGUUCAGCGUGGACUCAAACAGUGGUGUUAUCUUCGUGAUCGCACCUCUGGAUUACGAAUCAUCCCGCGAGUUCUCUCUGACUGUGGAGGCAACAGGCGGCGAGACUUCGUCCCUGAGCGACCGGGCUGUCAUUAACAUCAACGUCACAGACGUGAACGAUAACAGUCCUGUGUUCGGCCAGUCGGUUUAUUCAGCGGUGGUGAGCGAGGACGCAGAGCCUGGCAAGAGCGUGCUUACUGUCGUGGCUGAAGAUGCGGACGGACCCUUGAACAAUCAGGUGCACUAUUCCAUCAUCGACGGCAACCAAGGCAGCCUGUUCACCAUCGACCCAGUGAAAGGAGAAGUGAAGGUGGCUCGACAUUUGGACAGAGAGAAGGUCUCUGGUUACACUUUGACCGUCAUGGCGUCCGAUGGUGGAGAUCCUGUUCACUCCAGCACCACCAAAAUCAACAUAGAUAUAUCAGAUAUCAACGACAACCCACCGAUCUUCUCCCAGAGCAACUACACCGUCAUCAUUCAGGAGAACCGACCGGUUGGUACCAGCAUUCUCCAGCUUGCCGUAUCCGAUCGAGACGCCUCGCACAACGGACCUCCGUUUUCCUUCUCCAUUGUUGACGGGAACGACGAGGACGUGUUUGAGAUCACACCACAGGGGGCGCUGGUCUCAGUGGGUAAACUGAGCCGCCGAGCCAAGGAAAAUUAUGUACUGGAGAUACAGGUCUCUGACUCCGGCCGGCCUCCUCUCUCCUCCUCGGCUUUGGCGUUCGUCCGUCUGAUUGAGGAGAGCGUUCACCCACCAGUCAUCCUCCCACUCGAUGUCUUUGUUACCGUGGCAACCAGCGAAUACGUGGGAGGUGGCGUGCUGGGCAAAAUUCACGCCACCGACCAGGACGUACACGACACGCUCACCUACGGCAUCAGCCGUGACGCCUCCCCCUCUGACAGCUCCGCCCUCUUUUCCGUCUCUCCUGCCGACGGACGCCUGGUGGCACUGGGCACGCUGGACUCUGGUCGCUACGCACUCAACGCCACGGUGACCGACGGCCGAUACACGGCGUGGGCGCGCAUCACCGUGCACGUGCGUCCCGCGCCCGCCCUAACCGGUCUCAUAUGCGUCCGCCUGGGCUCCAUCGCACCUGAGGAGUUUGUCGGCGAGCACUGGCGCACCUUCGCUCGGGCGCUGAGCAACACGGCGGGAGUGCGACGCAGCGACGUUCAGCUGGUCAGCCUGCAGACCGAUCACGAAGACCUGGAGGUGCUUCUCGCUCUCGACAAAACGGGAAGUCCUGAGCAGGCACAGGAUGUUGUGCUAAGGAAGCUGAACGCCUCAGUCGGUACCAUCGAAGAUAUAACGGGAGUGAGGAUCGUCCGCGUGGGCAACAAACUCUGCGCUAAAUUGGACUGCCCGCCUCGCCACUGCAAGGAGAUGGUGACGCUGGAGACGGGCGCUAUGGCGGCGUUCAGCACGGCAAGGCUCAGUUUUGUCACGCCACGCCACACCAGGACGGCCGAGUGUCUCUGCCAGGAUGCAGAGUGUGCUGAUCUGAGUAAGCUGUGUGUAGGGAACCCAUGUCCCGAAGGUACGGAGUGUGUGGAAGACCCGACACACACCACGUUCAGCUGUGUGUGCCCCGAUGACAAGCGAGGACAGUGUGGAGGAGGGCGUGCGCUGACGUUUAGCGGUAGCGGCUACGCACGCUAUAGGUUAAUGGAGAGCGACAAUAAAGAGGAGAUGAAUCUGUCUCUGAGGCUGCGGACCUUCUCCGAUCACGCCACCAUCAUGCACGCCAAGGGCACGGACUACAGCAUCCUGGAGAUCGUAAACGGGCGUCUGCAGUACAAGUUCGACUGUGGCAGCGGCCCCGGCGUCGUCUCCAUCCACAGCCCGCUGGUUAACGAUGGCGAGUGGCACUCGGUCUCCCUGGAGGUGAACGGCAACUAUGCUCACCUGGCGCUCGACCGAACACACACCGCCUCGGGAAAAGCGCCGGGGAACCUGCGCACGCUCAACCUCGACGCCAGCGUGUUCUUCGGAGGGCACGUGCGGCAGGCGGCGGUGGCCAACGGCUUGAGGGGCUGUCUGCAGGCCGUAGUGCUGAACGGACGGGAGCUGCCGCUGAGGACGCAGCCACUCGGUGCUCAGUCGCUGCUGGAGGAGCUGGUGGAGGCUGUGCCCGGGUGUAGUCCGCCGCCCCGGGUAUCGAGCUGCGCGAGUCAACCCUGCGCCAAUGGAGGAACCUGUGCUGAGCUUCCCAAUGGAGGUUAUUUCUGUAAGUGCAGCGCACUGUUUAUGGGCAGCUACUGUGAGGUGAGCAUCAGUCCCUGCUCGUCCAACCCCUGUCUGUACGGAGGAACCUGUGUGCCACACGGAAACGAUUUCUACUGCCAGUGCAGAGGCCAGUACUCCGGCCAGCGGUGUCAGUUGGGUCCGUACUGUACUGAGAACCCCUGUAAGAACAGCGGUAGGUGUAUCGACAGUCUGGAUGGUCCUGUGUGUGAGUGUGAGCCCGGCUUCCAAGGAGACAGGUGCCUGAGUGAUGUGGAUGAGUGUCUGAAGAACCCCUGCACUAACGGCGGUCAGUGCCAGAACACCUACGGCUCGUACGUCUGCAACUGCUCACAUGGUUUUGGCGGGCACCACUGCGAGCUUCACGGCCGAAUCCAGAACCAGGUCCUCUCCACGUCCUGGAACAUCGGCCUGGAGGAGGUCAUCGGCAUCGCCGUCUUCGUCGCCAGCAUCUUCCUCAUGGCUCUGCUGUUCGUCCUGAUCCGAAAGCGCGUCUGUCGCCGCAAGAAGCCUGAAUCCCACAGCGACGAUAAGCACCUGUCCUCGUCCUUCCUGCAGCGGCCGUAUUUCGACGUCAAGCUGGGCAGGAACGUGUACUCGGACGUGCCGCCGCAGGUGCCCGUGCGACCCAUCUCGUACACCCCUAGUGUACCGAGCGACUCACGGAACAACCUGGACCGCAGCUCGUUCGAGGGGUCGGCCAUGCCGGAACACACCGAGUUUAGCACCUUUAACCCGGAUCCGGUGGGUCACGGGCACCGCAAAGCUGUGGCUGUUUGCAGUGUGGCGCCGAACCUCCCCCCUCCACCACCUUCGAACUCCGCCUCGGACAGCGACUCCAUCCAGAAACCCAGCUGGGACUACGACUACGAUGCUAAAGUGGUGGACCUGGACCCGUGUUUCAGUAAGAAGCCAGUGGAGGAUGGUUCGUGCCACCCCUAUAACACCAGGGGCAGCAUGUCCGAAGUGCAGUCGCUCAGCUCCUUCCAGUCAGAGUCGUGCGACGAUAACGGGUAUCACUGGGACACAUCUGAUUGGAUGCCGAGUGUUCAACUUCCUGGAAUCCAGGAGUUUCCUCAGUGUGAGGUGGUCGAAUCCCAACCCACCUUGUACAACGACCCUGCUUUGCUAGACACGGACUACUACACGGGCGGCUACGAUAUCGAGAGUGAUUUCCCUCCUCCACCGGACGACUUCCCUGCCCACGACGACCUUCCUCCUCCUCCUCCUCCACCGGCGGCGUACGACACUCUCGGCCCCGCCCCCUCCAGCCCCGGCGGAUCGUGGGUGCGCCAGAGGCCGGCUUUACCCCAGCUGUACACGCUCAGCCAUUACCUCCCUCACCAUCAGUACCCAUCCUCGGACGCCGAGGCGCAGAAGAACGACGGCCUCGUGGCCGACAACGUUUCCCUGUCACUGUACGCGUCGACGGUGUCGUGCUCGGACGUGGAGGAGUCGGAGGCGCCGAUUAGUGACUGUGAGAGCGGCGCAGAAGACGGGCCGCGCCUUCGGCAACAACUCAUACCGCCGCAGCAGCAUACCGAAGUCUGACACUGGAUCCAUAAACAGAAAUCAAAAAGUGCCUGAAUUUUAAACCUUAUGCAGGAGACACAAUAAUACGUACAAUACAUUUAUUACACACGGACAUCCUGUAUAUGGACGUUUCCUCCUCGGAACCCAGGAGUUCCUUUAGACAGGAGGAGUGGAUACACCCGGCGUGUAUUUGGUACCAGUAAUUAUGCACACAUUUACACAGCUGUGUUUAAGAAAAUUAAAAAAAUAAAGCGUCAUUUCAAAGCGAUAGCUGUCUGUAUGUGUAUAGAUAAAACCAUGCAAUCUGUUUGUUUUUUAUUAUUAUUACAAAUGUGUUCAUUUGUAAUGGAAAUGGUACUGUACAGUUUGAUUUUAAGGCUUGACUAUUUUUUGUUUGUGUUUUUUUUUUUGUAGAUAUUUUCAGAUUUCUGAUUUUUAUUUUCCAAAAAUAAAGAAAAAAAGGAAUAUUCACAAAGUAGAACCAGUGUCUCAUGAUCAGCUGUAUUUUCAUUCACGAAGAAAAAGUGAUAACGUGUGUGACCAUCCCGACAGAUGUUUUCCACUUCUGUGUACUCUUGUGAUGUUAUUAUUUUAUUUCUUGUGUCAGUCUUUUGUUAAACUUUUUUGAAUCUCUGUUGUUUUUUGUUUUUUUUGUCCAGCAAGAAUAAACGGGACCCAGUGUAUUUAUAUUGCGAGAUUUUGUGGACUUUUUUGUGAAGCAUUUCAUUUUUUUGUUUGUUUCCUUUUCUUUGUUAAAUACUGCCACUAGCUUAACUGCUUCACUACUGGCAAUAAAUUAUUCUUGAAAAUACAAAAAUGCUUGUUUUGUUUUUUUGUUUGUUUGCCAUUAAAAAUAAGCCUUAAAGAGUC